AUGAUGAGUCUGUUUGUAAUCAUUGCCUAUUUCAUGUUCAUCAGUGUAAAGUCAGACACAGGCCCUGAGGCAUCAAUGGAUAUGGAACAAAUUGUCCGCUACCAUGGGUAUCCGUAUGAAGAGCAUGAAGUGGUGACUGAUGAUGGCUAUUACCUCACCAUGCAGAGGAUUCCUCAUGGCAGAGACAACUCAGGAAGUAUGAGCAUCUCCCAUCAAGCAGAGGCAUGGGAUUCCACUAUGUUCUGUCCUUCUCCAAAGCGUGUAGUCCUCCUGCAGCAUGGGCUGGCAUUAGAGGGAAGCAACUGGGUUACCAACUUACCCAACAGCAGCCUGGGCUUCAUCCUCGCUGAUGCUGGCUAUGAUGUCUGGAUGGGAAACAACCGGGGGAACAGCUGGUCACGAAAACACCAAGAGUUUGACUUUUACCAAGAGGAAUACUCAUCUUACAGCUUUCACGAAAUGGCCGUGUAUGACCUUCCAGCAAUGAUCAACUAUAUUCUGAAGAAAACUGGACAGGAACAGUUAUACUACGUGGCUUACUCUCAAGGCACCACCAUAGGUCUCAUUGCAUUUUCCUCCAUUCCUGAGCUGGAUCGGAAAAUCAAGAUGUUUUUUGCCUUGGCUCCUGUCUCCACAGUCUCGAAAGCCAAGGCACCCGUUCUAUGGCUGUUUAAACUUCCUGAAGGGCUAUUUAAGCUCAUUUUUGGAUACACAGUGGUCUUUGAUAAGAGCAAUAUCUGGAAGCAAGUGAUUUCCAAUCUGUGCUGCCACUCCAUCCCUAAAAGCUUCUGCUCCCUUAUUCUUCACUUGGUUGGUGGGUUUACCUACAGCUUAAAUAUGAGCCGUAUGGAUGUCUACCUGUCCCACUACCCUGAUACAACAUCCAUAAAAACCUACUUACAUUGGCGUCAGUUGUAUCAAACAGGGGAAUUCAAAUAUUAUGAUUAUGGCAGCGACAACAUGCUUCAUUACAACCAGAUGACACCUCACUUCUAUGAGUUGGAAAAUAUGAAAGCGCCUUUUGCUGCAUGGUAUGGUGGCAGGGACUGGCUUACAGUUCCUGAAGACACACACACCACUCUGUCUCGUAUAACCAACGUAGUGUACAAAAAAUACAUUCCCGAGUUCGCCCACUUCGAUUUCCUUUGGAGUACGAAAGCCUAUGAACAAGUGUACAAAGAAAUUCUUGAACUGAUGAAAGAUAGCGCCUAG